GUAGAUAAAAUAGCGUGCCACGGUUAAGACACUAACUUUGUCUCAUUUAUUUAAUAUCGUCUCCCUACAGAUGUGUGAAUAUUAUACUCAGAUAAGACACUCACAUUAAAUUAUUAAACUAUUAUAUAUAAUUUAAAACAUUACUAACAAAAAAAAAAUAUCAAGAAAAAUAUCUUUUUUGUUUGACAGGAUGUCACAAUGACGUUUGAGAUAAAAAAAUAAGCGGUCAUUUUGAAAAAAGUUCAGGAACAGUGUCAAAUAUAAUAUUGUUGUGGUUAUAAGUGAUUUAUUGUCAAAAUGAAGAUUAUUAUCCCUUUUAUAUUGAUGAUUAACUAUUAUUGUGUCGGAAUAAAAUUGGGUAAAUUCACCGAGGUUUACGCGUGGAAACAAAUAACUUACGACAUUAACGGCGCUGUCUUACUUCAAGAUAGGUUUUCAGAAAAUAGAAGGAAAAGGGAAGACGACUUCGUAUUCGCUGACGACCGGGCAGAUAUUGGAGGAGAACAGAGUUUUGAUAAUUCUUCCACUCUCAGUCCCAGCGAUGGAAGGGGGAGAUAUUUCAUCAAAUACAACAACGUGCCCAUGGGCGUGGAGAGAGUCGGAGACAGAUUGUUUGUAACGUUGCCGAGACGACGAUACGGCAUACCAGCGACAUUAAAUUACGUGAAUCUACAAGAGAGGGGGCGUUCGCCAGAGCUGAGACCUUACCCGAACGUUGAAGAUCGCUCCCUCAUAUCCGUGUACAGAACACGAGCUGAUGAAUGUGGACGUCUCUGGAUGGUGGAUACAGGCUUACUAGAGAUACCUGGGGACCCACAACAAAUACGACCUCCAGCCAUUGUUAUAUACAAUCUAAGCACGGACAGACAGAUCUUGAGAUACGAUUUCAAGACUUCUGACAUACCAGCGGCUAAUACUCCCACAGGUCUCGCCUCUAUAACGAUAGACAUCAACGGGGAUUGUGAAGACGCGUUCGCAUACGUUCCCGACUUGACGACGUUCGGUUUGAUAGUUUUCUCGCUGAAAGACCGGGACAGCUGGAGAUUGACACAUAACUACUUCCACUUCAAUCCAAUAGCUGGAAAUUUGCAGGUUUCAGGUCAGUUCUUCCAAUGGAGUGACGGUUUGUUUAGUAUAACCCUGACGCCGCCGGCCCGCUGCCGCACAGCGUACUUCCACCCGCUGAUCAGCACUGAAGAGUUCUCUGUAUCAACAUGCCUGCUGAAGAAUAAGACCGCCAGCUCUGAUCGUUACUACUUCGACUCAUAUAAUUACGUUGGUGACAGAGGCCGGAGCAGUCAGUCCACGAUGCACGGGUACCACGAGAAGACUGGCGUUAUCUUCUUCGCUGACAUCGGCAGGGAUGCUGUAUCUUGCUGGAAUAGCGGAAAUGUCCUCAACCCAGCCAAUGUGGCUGUCCUUGUGAGGGAUGGGAAGAGGAUGAGCUAUCCGUCUGAUCUCCACAUCACUGGUGAUGAGGUCUGGGUUAUGGCGAACACGCUGCCACGAUUCGGUUACUCAAGGCUGGACCCGAACGAGUACAACUUUUAUGUUUACAGAGCCAACGUGUACGACUUGAUAUCUGACACAGUGUGUCAGUCGAAGUCAAUGUUCGAUUAAUGAUUUUCUAUAUUUCAUUAACACUUAGCACGAGUCCGCGUUUUCACUGCAUACGAAACGUUUGCCGUAUCCCGUUCAACAACCCACGUUAAUGCUAUGCGAUAUAUGAAUCCAAAACUAUUGACGCUCCGUUUGCAGUGUGACGCUCCAAACUUGGAUUAAGCGUGUUUGUUUGAAUUUUUUUUUAUAUCUUUAAUAAAUAUUGUCAUAGUA